AUGCGGGCGCGAAAGAGGGGAGGAAGCGUGAGAUCGAGGUACCGUGACGAGGUUGUGAUGACCGCUGUCGUUGUCGCUGUCGAAGCUUCAAACAUCGAUUCUUCAUGCGACUGUGACGCUUGCAAUAAUGCAUGUAUAAUCAAGACCGAGAUGAGUUCGAUGAAGCGUGAGCCGUUGGUGGAAGAAGAUAGGGUUGGCUCAAGAGUUGAGCUUUGUGAGGGACCAACCAUUGAAAUGGUAUAUGGGGCCUUGACAAUGGUUCCUCAGCCACAUCAUUCAAAGUGUAGAAUUGAGCUCACAAAAGCAAUUGCCUUCAUCUACAUAAUAGAUGAUAUUUUUGAUGUCUAUGGAACCCUAGAUGAACUCUCUGUUUUCACUCAAGCCAUCAACAAGUGGGAUAUUUCCGCCAUCGAUAACCUUCCAAAUUAUAUGAAGUGGGGAAAAUUGUGCAAUGCUUUCCUUCAGGAAGCAAAAUGGUUUGCAUCAAAACAAGUACCAAACAAGGAUGAAUACUUGAGAAAUGCAGCGACUAGUUCAGGAGUUUUCAUUGUAAUAGUGCACUUAUUUUUUCUAAUGGGACAAGGCUUAACAUUGGAGAACAUACAACAUAUAGAGAAUGAUCCAAGCUUUGUUUCUAAAUCAGGAACUAUUCUGCGCCUUUGGGAUGAUUUAGGCAGUGCCAAGGAUGAAAAUCAAAAAGGGUUUGAUGGAUCAUACCUGGAGUUACACAUGAAAGAACAUCAAGAUUGCACUGCAAAAGAAGCUCGGGAACAUGUGAUGUUGAUGAUCUCCAGAACAUGGGAUGCACUUAACAAAGAAAGCUUCACUCAAAGCUCAUUUCCUAAACCCUUAAUUAAUGCAACCCUCAAUCUUGCAAGGAUGGUUAGAGUUAUGUACUCUUACGAUGAUAACCAUCAUCUCCCAAUGCUUGAUGAUUUUGUAUUUUCCUUAUUACAUCACCCUUUAUAA